AGACGAUCUGUGUGUUUGGCUGUAGUGUGUGUGCGCUGAAGAAAAGCUCCUCUCCCACUGGCUGCUAUGACCUAGCUACCGCCGGACGACACUUUCUGUUUUCAGGACUGACCGCCGCGUCUGAUAAUAGUUUUGUCGCGUUUUGGGCAAUCACACAUUCAACAUACAGUCGUUUAUGGUCGCAUUCCCGCGACUUUUUCAUCGUAGCUGCUGGCCUCUGAGGCUAGCUGGCUAGCGGAGCAGUGACAGAGUGGAGCCAGCUAGUCGGACAGGGGUACAGUAACGUUAGCAAACAAGCUAAUUAGCCCGAAACACUCAGCCUGGAUUAACGUUAGUUAACGUUACUGUCUUUAAUCAAAGAGAGCGCAAGUCUGCGGUUUUACUCACUGCGGCAAAAUGAAGAUAACUGUGGAUUUCGAGGAAUGUUUGAAGGACUCCCCUCGGUUCAGAGCCACCAUAGAGGAAGUGGAGGGGGAUGUGUGUGAAUUGGAAUCCAAGCUCGACAAAUUGGUGAAGUUGUGUAUUGGGAUGAUUGAUGCUGGAAAAGCCUACAACGCAGCCAACAAGCAGUUUGUUAAUGGAAUCCGGGAGCUAGCCCAGCAGUCCACCAAAGAUGAGGUCAUCGAGUCCAGUCUCACAAAGUUUGCUGAGAGUCUGCAGGAGAUGAUCAACUAUCACACGAUAUUAUUUGAUCAGGCCCAGAGAUCUAUCAAGACCCAGCUUCAAACAUUUGUCAAAGAUGACAUCCGUAAGUUCAAAGAAGCGAAGAAGCAAUUUGACAAAGUGAGUGAAGAAAAGGAGGCGGCACUGAUCAAGAACGCCCAGGCUCCCCGCAACAAGCAACAUGAGGUGGAGGAGGCCACAAACAUCCUAACAGCCACGCGCAAGUGCUUCCGACACAUCGUCCUCGACUACGUCUUACAGAUCAAUGUGCUACAGUCCAAGAGAAGAUCCGAAAUCCUGAAAUCAAUGUUGUCCUUCAUGUACGCCCACCUGACAUUCUUCCACCAAGGAUAUGACCUCUUCAGUGAACUACAACCUCUAAUGAAACUGCUUGGAGGACAGUUGGACCAGCUGGUGGUGGACGCUGCCAAAGAGAAGAGAGACAUGGAGCAGAAACACUCCACCAUCCAGCAAAAGGACUUCUCGAAUGACGACACCAAGCUGGAAUACAAUGUUGAUGCAGAUAACGGUAUCGCCAUGGAGGGUUAUCUCUUUAAGAGGGCCAGCAACGCCUUCAAGACGUGGAAUAGGCGUUGGUUCUCCAUCCAGAACAAUCAGCUAGUUUACCAGAAGAAAUUUAAGGACAACCCUACAGUGGUGGUAGAGGACCUGAGACUAUGUACAGUCAAACACUGUGAGGAUAUAGAGCGUCGUUUCUGUUUCGAAGUGGUGUCACCAACCAAGAGCUGUAUGAUGCAAGCAGACUCAGAGAAGCUGCGACAGGCCUGGAUCAAAGCUGUCCAGAACAGCAUUGCCACCGCCUUCCGCGACAAGGGAGAAGAGGGCGAGAAGCUUGAUAGGAGGUCGUCCACAUCGACAGGGAGCCUGGACUCUAGUGGGGAGCCGAAGGAGAGAUCACUGAAAGGAGAGAGUGCCCUGCAGAAGGUCCUGGCAAUCCCAGGCAACACCUGCUGCUGCGACUGUGGCCAGCCAGACCCCCGCUGGGCCAGCAUCAAUCUGGGCAUUACCCUCUGCAUACAGUGCUCUGGUAUCCACAGGAGUCUGGGAGUGCAUUUCUCUAAGGUUCGGUCUUUGACUUUGGAUACAUGGGAGCCAGAACUACUAAAGUUGAUGUGUGAACUGGGAAAUGGAGUGAUUAACCAGAUCUAUGAGGCUAGGCGAGAGGAGCUCGGAGCCAGAAAACCACAGCCAGGAGAUCCAAGACACGAGGUGGAGGCCUACAUCAAAGCCAAAUACGUGGACCGCCGGUUUGUACGCCGGCCAUCAGACGAGGAGCUUCGCAGCAAAGUAGUUGCUCUGAGCAAGCAGGAGAAGAGGCUGAGCAGCAGCUCUGAGCAUCUGCCCCCAAGAGCGCCACCACCCACCCCAAAACUCAGACCCGGUUCAAAUGUCUCUGGACAGUCAGCUGUUGCCAGCGGCUCAGGGGCCCGCCGCGACUCUCUCUUCUGUCCUGACGAGCUUGACUCACUCUUCUCCUACUUUGACAACUCCUCCAAACUCAGGAGCAUAAAAAGUGCAGACAGCGGCAUCCAGAACAGCGCUGAUGGGAGCAGGGAGAUGCUGGCCAACACCCCCUCCAAUAACAGCCUGACAGAUGCAGAUGCUGCUGAGUCUCCACCCAUGGCCAUGCCAGCUACUCUGCCUCCUCCAUCCCCUUGUAAGGAGAUGGUUUUCUACGAGCCUAAGGAGUACAGCCCGGGUCUGCAGCUCUACUGGGCCUCAUGUGCUCGCAGCCUGCCGGACAUGGCGGAGGCACUGGCCCACGGAGCCGAGGUCAACUGGGUCAACACGGAGGACGACAAGAGGACGCCGCUCAUCAUGGCGGUACAGGGGGGUUCGCUGGUCACCUGUGAGUUUCUGCUUCAAAAUGCAGCGAAUGUGAACCAGCAGGAUGCUCAGGGCCGAGGACCCCUCCACCACGCCACCAUGAUGGGACACACAGGGCAAGUGUGUUUAUUCUUGAAAAGAGGAGCAAAUCAAAAUGCUGCAGACAUUGACGAGAAAACCCCCCUGACAAUAGCAGUGGAGGCAGCCAACGCAGACAUCGUCACACUGUUGCGACUGGCCAAAAUGAACGAGGAGAUGCGAGAGGCGGAAGGGCCCUACAGCCAGUCAGGAGAUGAAACCUACCAGGACAUCUUCCAGGAUUUCACCCACAUGGCCUCCAACGACCCGGACAAGCUGAACCGCUACCAGCAGUACGAUCACCAAAAACCCUGACACGAGCAACACCGUCCACUAGCACUUAAAGACACUGUGUAGUCAACCCUGGAGAGAAAAAACGACGUCUGGAAAGACGCUGUCCACUUUCCCUUCAACACCAUUAAAGCCAGUUAGUACCGCCACAGCUGGACUCACGUCACUAUAUCCAACGUGGCUGAAGCUCCCUUUCAUUAAAUUGUAUUAAUUUGACUUGCAGCUGCGAUCACAGCCCUUGUUGAAAACUACAGGCAUUUCACUCAAGUGAAGGGGGUACUUCUCUCAACCGCAAACCUCACUCUUUUUUUUCAAAGAAAGUGGGAUAUAUAACAAUAAAUGAAUGGUACAGUGUUUAAAGGAUUUUAAAAAAUCAUUAAAAAAAAUCUAAUGAUAAUGGAACUCGGUCUGAAUGUAGAGCUGCCAUCAAGGCCGUUAGUUAUUUUGAUUCAAUUUUUUGUCACACUUCCUGACAGAAGAAAUUCAAAGACAAUUUCUUUUUUCUUUUUUUAUAUAUUAAAAAAGAAGUGUGCUGCAUCAGAGCUGUGAAGCGAUAAGUGCAUGAUAGGUUGUUAAGUGCUUCCUCUUUUCAAUAGGAUUCUCGCUAUAAGCAUAGGCAAAUGCUACAGGAUCUUUUUUACCUUUUUUUUGUAUCAAAGUUUUGCUUUUAAUGAACUCAGCAGCGUAUACACGACAAUAUGCUUUUACUUAUUUGCACAAAUCUCUUUGUCUUAAAUCGCCACUGAUGUUUACCAGUUUUGAUGGUAAGUCUUUGACAUGUUAAACAAUGCACAGUGAUUGUGGAAGUUAACAUGUUAAUUGAUGCAUUUGUAAUGUUAAAUAUAUCAUAGUAUUUUGUUUUUUUAAAUCUUAGUUAUAUUUGAACAUGUUCCUGUGAAUGAUUUUUCCAUAUUGUCACCACAUCAGUACCUGCAGUACGAGUCUGCGUCAUGAUUUUGUGGAAUUAAAAUGGCUUCAGUCCUGUUGAAGUUAUUGUUAAUUUGUAGAUUGAGUCUCUUGCUGAGAUGAGGUAAAAAAGUUAAGAUGUAGAGUUAAAGAGCUCUACAAUAUUAUGGACCUACUAGAGUAUAUGUGGUCAUUUCAUUCCUGUUGAUUCUAGAAAUGCCAGUAACACUGUAUUUUUAGAGGUUUGUAAUUUCCUAAUAAUUUCAUAGGAAGUUGGUAAUUUGGUAUUAAUUAUAGAGAAUGUAGGAUUUUCCCUGAAAGAACAGCUCCAUUAAACCAAAGUUAGUGUUCAGUUAAUAUUGGAAACUUAGUUAAAAUCCUGAAACAUUAAAAUCUUAUCUGCUGACAAACGCCCUUUCAGCACUAACAUCAUCAAAAACUUAACUACAAACAGUAAAGCUGGAUUGUAUGCAUCAUUUCCUGUGAAUCCCUUGUGUGUCUGGAAGGUCAUUUAAAUCCUGUUUCCCAAUAAUUAGUAGCAAAUGACAUAGAACUUUAAAGGAAAUUAUUAGGAAAUGAUGGGCCUGGACAGCAUUACAGAAAUACUGUGCAUACAGUCUGCAAAAUGUCCAGGAGACAUUACACUUCAUUUCAUGUGUUGAAUUAAGUAUUAAAGAUUAAUUUAGACAUCAUCAGGUGACUUCACUGAAAUGUUCAAGUCCAGAAAUGAUUUAAUCAGAUUUCAUGAUAGAUUUUAAAUAUACUGUUCUGUGAUUUUUAUCUUUUUUUUUAAAAACUGUAAAAUCUUUACUUCUAUAUGAUACCUAGUAAGAUAUUAUAUGAAGCGCAGAAGAAACCUUUGGCCAAGGCAACAUGGGAUACAAUUCUUGUACAUUUUGUACAGAUGCUUUUGAAUUCUCCAGAGAAGUAUAAAGUUAGUGGUACUUGAAUCAUUAAAUAAGCUUUUGUAUAUGCUUUGUAUCCUUUGGUAAUUUUAGCCCGUUUUAUAUUGCCUGUCUGUACACCAGUAUACAUGUACUGUAUAUUCUACCUGUAAUGUGUAAGAUCUUCAAUACAUAUGGACUGAGGAUUCAUCAA